AUGUCAAGAUUGGGUUCUAUAAAAAGAAAAGGGUCUCCAGAAGAAAGUAUUCCAACCAUUGAUUCUCCAAUUUACUUAAAUCAAAUAGCGUCUUUACCACAAGAGGAUAAUAUACAUUGUCUAUCCUUAAAGCAAUUAAUUGGAAGCCCUCAAUUGAAGCAGACAUGGCAGUUCAACUUUUGUGUGGACUUAAAUUUUAUCCUUGAAAAUAUUCAUCCAAAAGUUUUUCGGACGGUUGAUAUACGAAUCACUCACGGAUAUGACAAAAAGUCAGACAGUCUGGCGAGACUGACCGCUCAAAAGGAACAUUGUCCUCUUCAAGUCCAAUUGUACAGCGUGUAUGUACCCAUGUGGGGAACCCAUCAUUCCAAAAUCAUGGUGAAUUUUUUUGAAGAUGAAUCAUGCCAAAUUGUAAUUCAUACAGCAAACAUGGUUGAGCCCGACUGGAUUGGCAUGUCCCAGGCUAUUUACAAAACGCCGCUGCUGUUUCCCAAGUCAGGAGGAACAACCUCGGCGCCUAGUGCUCCUAAUGGUGAAGAGGGAUCAUCGAGAAAGAAGACGAAGAAUGAGGUACAAAAUGGUGUAGAAGUUGUGGAUGUGGACGCUGAAACGGAAGACGAAAGUCCACUAGAAAGCGAAAUGAAUCAAGUUGGACAACAGUUUCAAGAAGAUUUUUUAAAUUACUUAACCAACUAUAAUCAUACAAAUGAACUCAUAAAUAAACUAAAAAACUAUGAUUUCUCUAAUGUUCGUGCUGUAUUUAUCGGGUCUGUACCUGGAAAGUUUAUGGACGGCAAAGAGUCGCAAUGGGGACUUGGAAGACUCAAGCAUUUACUUGGAAAGGUUGAGAAAAAGGAAAAAGGAAAAGGAGAAGGAUUUUUUGACACGGAUAUCUGUGUUUCACAAUGUAGCUCCAUGGGAUCGUUCGGGCCGAAGCAGGACUAUUUGGAAGAAUUGAUGGAAGCGUUUCAUUGUAAGAGAAAGCAAUGGAAGUUUAUUUUUCCUACGGUAGGUCAAAUUCAACAGUCAAUGUUGGGAUGGCAAUCUGGGUCAUCCAUUCACUUUAACAUAUUGGGAAAGACAAGUGUGGAGCAGGUUGAAGAUUUGCGACAAAACCAUAAUUUGCACAAGUGGGGAUCGAUGAAAGCUGGAAGGGAACGAAUUGCUCCACACAUUAAAACCUAUCUUCGCGUAAGCGAGUCUGGUGAUAGGAUUCGAUGGGCGCUAGUGACAAGUGCCAAUUUGAGCAAACCGGCGUGGGGAACAAUGGAAGGAAAGGGUGCGAAGUCAAAAACAGCUCGUGGUUUAAGGAUUAAAUCCUAUGAGGCAGGUGUGCUAUUCUUUCCUCAAUUAUUCGAAAACGCCGGAAGUACCCCUUCACCAGUCUGCAGUAUGGUACCGACUUACAAAACCAAUUCACCAAAACCGGAUAUCCAUUCCACAACAGAAAGUCAUAAUGAAUCAAAAUCUCAACUACAAGUCGGGUUUCGGAUGUGUUGGGAUUUUCCACCUAAAGAGUAUGUAUCUAAAGACGAGAUCUGGUCUCCCGUUGUUCCACGAAAAGACAAGGAUUGGCUAGGAUAUACUUGGCCUCCAACUUGGGCAUGA